AUGAAAAAUGAGUUUGAGAUGAGUAUGAUUAGUGAGCUGAGUUUCUUUCUAGGAUUACAAAUUCGUCAAUUAGAAAAUGGAAUUUUUCUUUCUCAUACCAAGUAUGCGCUAAACAUGUUAAAAAAAAUUGGGUUAGAGAACUCUAAACAUGCUAAGACACCCAUAGGUACCACAACCAAGCUCACACGAGAUGUAUCUAGGAAACCUGUUGAUCCAACUCUGUUCCGUAGUAUGAUAGGUAGUCUUCUCUAUCUUACUGCUAGUCGACCAGAUAUAUGCUUUAGUAUUGGUCUAUGUGCUAGAUAUCAGUCAAACCCCAUUGAGUCUCAUUUUACUGCUUUUAAACGAAUCAUGAAAUAUGUUGCUAGUACCUUAGAGUUUGGUCUAUGGUAUAUGUGUGACACUAACAUGUCUUUGGUUGGUUAUAGUGAUUUUGAUUGGGCUGUGAGUUUAGAUGAUAGCAAAAGCACAUCUGGUGGGUGUUUUUAUCUUGGGAACAAUCUUGUCUCCUGGUUAAGUAAAAACCAAAAUUAUAUUUCAUUGUCCACUGCUAAAGCAGAAUAUAUAGCAGCUGGUAGUUGCUUGGGUUUCAUUGGUGUUGUUAUUGAAGGAUUAAUAGGCAGCAUGGAUUUGACUGGGAAUAUAAUUGUGCAAGCUUCUGAUAUAGUAGAAUCUGAAGUUGAACUACAUAUUGAAGCUAUUGAAUAA